CGCCAAAACCGGCAGACGCGCAAUCAACACGUUUGUGGAUAUCAGCCCUCGGCGAGGUAUAAAAGCCGAAGCGUCCGGCGACUCCACGCACUUCCCCUUCGACAUGAGGGCUUUCAUCGUGUUCGCGGCCCUCGCGGCCAUCGGCGUCGUCUCGGCACACUGUGGCCGCCCCGACCACCAGCCCCAGCUGGCGUCCAUGCCCGCCGUGUACGCGGAGGCCGUGGCCGCGGCAGUGGCCCAGCAGGAGGCGUCGGCAUUCGCGGUGGCCAAGGCCUCGACCCAGUCCCAGGUCGUCGUGGGGGUGCCAAGCGGCCACCAACAGCCCGACCGCAGGCCCCAGUUCGUCUACGCCGCUCAGCACCAACAGCAGCAGCAGCAGGUGCAGAAGCAGCAUGAGCAGCGCACCGUCGUGCACACCACCUCUCGCCACGAGCAGCAGCAGCAGCACCAGCAGCAGCGGUACCACCACCAGCAACAGCACCAGCAGCAGCAGUACCACCAGCAGCAGCACCAGCAACAGCAGCAGCAGCAGUACCAGCAGCAGCAACAGCAGCAGCGCCAGCAGCAGCAACAGCAGCCACGCACGCAGGAGCAGCCGAUUGACCAAGCCAACGACUUCCCCAUCCCUGCGUUCAGCGCGGCGUCCUUCAGCCAGCAGCAGCAGCAGCAGCAGCAGCAGCAACAGCGCGCGCCCCAGCAGCAGCAGCAGCAGCAGACCUUCACGAACUUCCAGCCCUCCGAGUCUGAAGGCUCCUUCAACCCCAGUGAGUCCCUCAGGUGCCUGCCUCUCCUCCGGUCUUCCCCGUCUGCCCAACCCUCCUCAGCACCUGAGAGGGAACAGCCCCGCGGCUACGGUCAGGUGCAGCAGUACCGCCAGCCCCAGCGCCAGGAGCAGCAGUCCUACGUCAACCAGCGCCAGGAGCAGCAGUCCUACGUCAACCAGCGCCAGGAGCAGCAGUCCUACUUCAACCAGCCCCAGCGCCAGGAGCAGCAGUCCUGCGCCGGUCAACAGCAGAAGCAGCAGUCCUACGCCCACCAGCCCCAGCGUCAGGAGCAGCAGUCCCGCAACCGUCAACAGCAGCAGUCCUACGUCAACCAGCCCCAGCGCCAGGAGCAGCAGUCCUACGUCCGCCAGCCCCAGCGUCAGGUGCAGCAGGCGCAGCAGUCCUAUUCUGCUCACCCAUCUGCCGCCCCCGCCGUGCAGGGCUGUUUCAACCCCCGCCCUGUCGAGCCCUGCCAGGACGACAGCCACGAGGACGACGACCAGGAGGUCCCGAUCGUGUACGCGCAGGCCCCUCAGCCCGCCGGCAAGCCCGCCAAGGGCUUCUACUACAACGCGCCACCCGCGGAGUGCGACUCCUGCCACAAGCCCGUGGACUCGUGCGGAUGUCUGUGAGGGAGAAUUGUGUGAGCGAAGACGGAAAUUAAUAAAAGGAACUUUCACGUA